GAUACUCUCGCGUUACUUUCUACGUCACGUCAUUCCAUGAUGGCUGAAGAUUCCGGCGGAGCACUUUUUAAUUUCUCUCAUAUCUUUCUUUUUUUCUCUGUACCUCAGCUUGCCAUAGAGACAUGGCAGGACCCGCAAGCCCGUUAAGCGUCCAGAGAUCAUUGGUGUCGACAUGCCCAAGAAAGGGAACCGAAAACGGCUGAAAUUUAGGGCCAGGGAUGUUUGUUCGGAAUCAGUGACCGUGGCUGAUUAUGCUGAUGCCGACCCAGCCAUUGUGAAGUCAGGAAGGGUGAAGAAGGCUGUUGCAAAUGCUGUUGAACAAGAAGUGAAAUUACUCUGCGGCCUGGAAGCAUCUCAGGGUGCUGUACAGGAGGUCCUCUCGUCUUCAGUGAGUGUCACAGCUGACGCUUUGGACAGCAGUGAUGACCUAGACCGUGAAGAAGAUGGAGAAAAUGAGACUAAAGUGGCCCGCAAGAAGAAAAACAAGAGGAGAAAGGAAAGCAGUGAGAGCGGGGACGGCAGCGAGUAUCCAGUGGAUAUUUGGUUAAUGCUUGCCUCCUACAUUCGGCCCGAGGAUGUGUGCAGAUUUGCUCUAAUCUGUAGGAAUGCCUGGACAGUCACUUGCACUGCAGCUUUUUGGACCAGGCUUUACAAAAGGCACUACAAGAUUGAUGUUGACCUGCCAUUCCGUCUCCAGCCUGACUGUAUUGCCAUUAUGUGCUCAUUACGGGCCCGUGUGAUUCGCUCCCUUUUCCAUUUGUAUGAGCCGUUCAGCUUGCGUGUCUCGAAAAUUCCUGUUUUGCCAGAAUCCACGCCCACAACCUUGGUCAACUCCAAGUGUUUACUGUUCUGGGUCAGAAAGGUGUCAGGGACUCGGCCUGAGUCAUUGUGGGAGUUCAACUUCAAGUUUUUAAAGCAGCAGAGACACAGCAAGAAUGGUUGUGCCAAGUCCUUGUGCAUGCCCAGACAAUACAAAGAAGUCCACACAAACCCAGACACUGACUGCUACAUGCUUCAGGUCACUACCCUCAACUUCAUCUUCACCCCUGUGGUCAUGGGCAUGACGCUGACCCUGUUCACAAUCAACGUUAGCACAGACAUGCGCCACCACCGCGUUCGUCUGGUCUUCCAGGACUCGCCACUUCAGCGGUGGAAGAAGAGGGGGGAUCAGGGUGGGACCCAGGUGGUGUUGGACCCCGUACACAGUGUAAAGCUCGUGGACUGGUGGCACCCACAGUAUCCAUCCUCACCCUACACAUAGGAGUCCUGCCCCCACAGCAGAACGUCACACCAAGAACUCUGCUGAUAUUCGGCACACUCACCAGAAAUAUGAUAUUGGAUGACUCUGUUAUGUUCAGUCACAUUUUGAUCAUCAUUGUUAGAUUCUAUUUAAGCCAACAUUGACUGGCGUGAGAUGGGAUGCAAGCCCACCUUCUAGUGUCCAUAUCAAAUGUGUUGCAUGCCCAUCAACACGGCAACCUCCACACCCUACUUAGAAUGUUAUUUAAACAUCAAACCUCUUCAUGGAUGUAAAUUAUGUAGUGCAGAAUUGUCCAGUAUGAAUAUUAUUCAUUAUUCCAGAGAGACUGGGCUUGUUAUCUAUACAAGUGUGUCCACAUAGAGACAUAGCAGUCCCUCUACUUUACUCCUGAAUUUCAGCAGUGCCUUAGGCCUAGUCCAUAUGUGCACGGGUACUUCGUCAAGUUGGGUUUUUUGCUCUUUUGUUCUUAAAAAAAAAAACAAAAAACUGUCAACACAAACAUUGUUCAAAAGAAAUCUCUAAAAUGAAACCCCUGAUAGCCAAAUGAAAACACAAAAACACAGUUGAAGUGCUGUAAACAGCAUGCCAAACCAAGAGUUGGCAAUUUAUCCUAAAACCUAAAGGCAUGUUGGCAAUAAGAAACCUGAA